AAACCUCGCGAGGAGCGUUGCGCCAAAAAAUAGUUGGUGAAAGCGCAAACACAAGCUGUUUUCGUUGCUUGUGUACUACUAAAAGUUAUCACGGUUCUCGAGCGAAUAUUUGAAUUGAUUUCAAUUGUUCAAGUUGUGAAUGUUCGAUAGUUUCUAUGAAAAUGAGUUUGGAACGCGUUUUUGACAAGAUCGAACGUACAAUGUAUGUACAUUUUGAGGAUAAAUUUCUGUAUUACUUUGAGCCGUUCCUAGAGAAUCUACCGUUUGAGAUUAUGGUUUACUUACUUAGACAUUUAAACGCAAGUGAUCGCAGCACCAUGGCACAGACUUGUCACGGCUUCUACGAAGGGCUUACGCACCCAGACAUGCUACGUUCCACAUGGCUUCACAUUCACGAUGUUGAGUUCGAGGACAAUAUUGAGCCGGUUCGAAGCUUGCUAACUGCAUUUCGGUACUUCCCUAACGUCAAACUGACCAAGAUCGUCUUCCGGAAUCGUAGUGAUUUCUGGGCUGAAUUUGGAGAAGCCAUAGAAGAGCUUUGGCUCGAUAGCUGUACCAUUUGGAAACAGAAAUUGCUGGGUAUUCUGCGUUACACGUUCCGGCUGAAGCGACUAACUAUUCGAAACUGUCCGGAUUUAUUCCGUUCUUGGAAGCUGCUGAAGAACCUCACGGUGACGUACAGUCUGACGCUAUCGAAUCUUACUCAUAUCAGCUUGGCGGGAAAUAAUCGACUCGAGCAGCAUCAUUUCGAUUUUAUCGUUGGAAUGGCGCCAAAUCUCGAUUCGCUAGACGUGUCGAACUGUUUCAAGGGUGUGGAAGCGGCGCAACGUUUUCGUAUGCUUGGACAUGUGUUGCGUUACGUGCAAGAUCGUCAGCACGCGAUUCGUCAUUUGUAUGUUGGCGAUACGCCAAUCGAUAAUCUGUUCCUGCGUCACCUGGCCGAUAUCAAGGAGCUUCGGUUGAAAAGUUUAAGCCUCUUGGUUUGUGAUAAAGUACCGGCGACAGAAGCAGGGAUCGUUGAUCUAAUCCGAUUACAGGCAAGCCUGACCUAUCUCGAUUUGUCCAGAUCGCUGGCUUUGAAUGACUUUUGCUUGAUCCAGAUCUCCAACUGUAUGCCUUUGUUGGAAACUUUGAUUCUUAAUCGGUGCUGGAUGAUCACAGAUUACGGAAUUUCGUCUAUUAAACAGCUGACUAAAUUGAAACACAUUGAUCUUACAAACUGUGAGAGGAUCAGCGAUGUCGGGAUUUUGGGAGGUCUUUUGACACACAACAGACAGAGAUUGAAAAAGCUAUAUCUGGGCCUGUUGUCAAGUAUCGGGGAAGUAGUUUUCACAAAGAUUUCCUUUGAGCUGAAUAAUUUGGCGGUACUGGAUUUGGGGGGAUGCUCCAACUGUAUCAACGAUCGAUCGAUUCAGUACAUUUUCUACCACAUGGCAGGUUUGAGGGACCUUAAUUUGGAUUGUUGUGCAAAGCUCACAGAUGCGGGUAUGACUGGUAUAGACCUACCAGAGUGUGCAAUAUCCAUUUGGGACUUUGAAAUGUGCUUUUCAAUCGAGGAUCUUAAACGAUUGCGUUAUCUAAACCUCCAUGGAUGCUACCGAAUAACUGACUACACUUUCAGGCGGAAAUUCCGCUUGUUAGAACUAAGAGAACUCAAUCUGGAACGGCUUCAGAUAACCGAGUAUGGCGUAGAGAAGAUCGCCCUAAACUGCCCUUCAUUGGAGGUAAUCGAUUUCAGUGAGUGCCAGAACAUCAACGACCGAUGCGUCGAGAUCGUAACCAAAUGCUGCCUUCGAUUGUCAACUUUGAAACUACAAAACUGCCCAUUAAUAUCGGAUUUGGCGAUCGAAUUUCUCGUGAAAAAUUGCAAAACACUCAAAUCGCUAAACAUUCGGGGCUGCUACAAGAUAUCAGCCGAAGCGGAAGCCAAACUUGGCACCGUUAGAUCGCUGAGACAUGUGUUUGCAAACGAGAGAGAGUAGUGGCGACCUGGAGCACCUUUUUUUAUCCACAACAAUUAGAAAAUAGAUCCCGACCGGACGGUAGUCGGUAAAAGGUAGCAUAGCUAAAAAACAACGAGCAGUGCAGGAGAGAAAAAAAAUGGUUAAACAAAACAAAAACACCGGAGAUGCAUACAAUAAAAUUA